AUGUCAUUUCUAAUCAACUACUACCGGCUUCUCUCCGCUUCCAAACUACGGCCUUACUGCAUUGGAGCAAUGGUACUGAUUGUACUCUGGGGCGGCGGCGUUUGCAUCCUCGUCUUUGUUAUGUGCAUUCCUCUUGCAGGCGUCUGGGACCCAAAAGUUGACGCGAAAUGCGUCCCACACAUAACCAUAAUGUGGUGGUUCAACGGCGUUUUCAACUCGAUCGGCGACCUGUUCAUCCUGACGCUGCCAAUUCCGGCUCUGUGGCGACUCCAGUUGCCACGCCGACAGAAAGCCUACUUGUUAUUCGUUUUUAGUCUCGGAUUCCUGACUGUGGGCAUUUCCAUCGCGCGGAUGCGAUGGCUCAAGAUGGACGCCGACAUGACCUGGUGGAACGUCACCCCUGCGCUCUGGUCUCUCGGUGAGUUGACGUCUGCCAUUUCUUGCUCCUGCCUGCCAUUCUUCAAGCCCUUAGCUCUCCGCGUCAAAUCCUUUAUGAGUCGCGCCACUGUAGGCGGUACUCACCCACAAAUGACUGGCGGCGAAGAGGCUAAUACUCAUUCGAGUGUCGGUGCUGGGCAAAAGGAGUUUAUCCAAAAUAGCAACCUGAUGUUCAGUCUGAAUGGGAGCCAGAACGAACUGCAAACGGUUCUUUCUACUUUAUCUUUCCACUUAUAUAAUACAUAUAGUAUCUAGGAGGGAGCCAGUAUUGAGUCAAAGGCCAGGAAUGGUCAGAUGCCGCUAUCAUAUGCCGCCGAGAGUGGGCACAAGGCCGUCUUUAAGCUGCUAUAAUUAUAUAAAGGUUAAUCGCUAGGUCAAUCAUAUUAACCGGAAGGUAAACUCAGAUUGCCUAGCUUAUAAGGGCCUUUAGCAGGGACAGUUAAGGGCAAAAUGCCUGAAAAGAGACCCUCUAGGAGAGGUCAGCAGUAACAAGAGAAGGCAUCACAGGCGAGGUAGGCAGACUGUAUAUAGGUAUAGGUUAUACGACGUUGCGAUUUAUAAUAAUUAAAAUUGCUGGGACUUCUAUUAUUAUAUACUUUAGUUGAAGAAUUAUAUACCCUUGAUUUGGC